CUUCGUAGUAGAGGAAGGUGAACGAACGAACGAACGAACGGACGGACGGACGGACGGACGGACGAAGGGUGGUUGAGGGUGAUAUUUUCUCUAUGGGAGAGAGUUGGUGCAUUGGCUGUUCUCUUUGUGCGCACUACGAAAGUCCCUUUUGCAGUGUCCAUUGUUCAGGAGCAUCGAAGACGCGAAAGGCUGGAGGAUAGAGGAGAGAUUCUUGGGGUAAGGGUCGGAGAAGUUUGGCGCAGUUUUUGUUGCUUGCUUUUUCUUUGUUUUCUGUUGGACAUGGGGGAUGAAAGUUGGACGAAGUUUAGGAUAUAUAGGUAUGCCCCUAGGAACGAGCUAGUUUGAGGGAUGAAUCUGGAGGGGAGAAUAAGUAGGAUGAGGAUUUAUUUUAAAUAAGGACGAUUGCAAGAUUAUUUAUUUGGGAUCUCUUGUUCGAGAGUGAUCGAUGAGGUUUGAACGGGGAAGGAAUCGUUUCGAUUCGGGUUAUCGAUGAGAGAUUAAAGAGUAUCUGGGUGGAUUGGAUUGGAUGGAGACACGGAGGAAGAGAUUUCUUCCUCUCUCCUGUUUUUAAUGGAUAUACUUAAAGAUGGAUGAUACUAUAGUUUUAAUUAAUUCGAUCGUGAUCUGUAUGAAGAAAGAGAUCUCCAAUAAAAUGGAAGAGAAAUUCUUUCGAUAGAUUGUUAAUGUUAGUUUUGGGGGAAGAACGAUUUUAAUUACAGAUUUGAUACAUCUUUUAUUCUAUUUUUAGAUGAAUUUUAUUUAUCGAUCGGGGAGAAUGAUUCAAAUUAAACAUAAUUGGAAUAGAAUUAUACUUGAAUUUAAUUUUAAUGAAGCAAUCGUUCUAAUUAUGGUAAUUUGUGAAUGAAGAAGAGAAGAUUAUAAACAAGUUUUAGUGUUCUCCUUUUUUCAUUUAAAAGAACAAUGAUUUUAAUUGGAGUGAAUUUUUAAGCAGGCUUUCCAAAAAUUUAUAAAUGAAUUUUAUAAGGGAAUAUCAUUUAUCUUGAAUUUUCUCGAUCGAAUGAUAGAGCAGCAAAAUAAUAAUUUAAAUUCUAUGCAUUAUAAUCAAGUAAUUAAAAUGUGAUUAAAUUUUGUGAAAAUUUCAAAAUCGAUAUAUUAUAAAAUAAAAUAAAAAAAAAAAAUCAUUUGUAAAACGUGAGAAGAAACAAGUAAUCUGUUUAAUGGAAUAAUAACUUCAAUUUAAAUAAUGUAUGCAGUAAUUAAUUACAAGAAAUAGGCAUCAUCAAUUUCAAAUCAAGAAGAAGCGGCGCCCUCGAUAAAUCGGGUUCCUCGACCCGGAAACGGGAGUAGGUGCAGUUGGUACGUGCGUAAUACGGCACGAGUAUCGUCACAUCGAUAUCCUGAUCGGCGCACAUGUCCACGCAACGAGGCUAAAGAGAACACCGUCGAUGCACAGAAAUCAUCAUUCAAAUGAUUAAGACAACAUCAUCGAGCUCAAUAAACAGACAGAAAAGGCGAUAUUCAGCGUAACAUGAGUUUCGCAGAAACAACUUGUUGAUGACGUUAUGGGGUGGAUCUUUCUUGCCAGUACUUUACUCUUCUGCAUAUGCGCGGCCGGACUGCCGUUGCCACAGGGAGGUGGCGGAGCGGGGGGCCAUGGACAGCCGCAGGCUGGAUCGCCGAGCACCCCGGGCCCCGGCGGUGGCACAGCUGGCAGUGGCGCGAGCACUCUUGGCGCCGCUGGCGGCGGUGCUUCUGGCUCUGGCACCGCCGCCGCCGGUGGAAGUGGGAUUGGUUUCAGUGUGACCGGGGGAAGUACCGGCGGCGGGGCUGGUGGCGGUGCCGCCGGCGGUGGCGCAAGUUGGUCCGCGGGACCGCCUCGUCGGGGCCGAGGGUGGCGCGACUGGCGCCGCGGCGACCCCACGCUGAUCAAGGGACUGUGGAAGUCGAAGGGGCCUCUAGAUUCCCUAGGAAAGGCGGAGGUGUACAUCUUCUUAGCACUGCUGAUCGGUUUCGUGACGGUGGUGGUCGGGUGUUGGCUGUCCGACAACUGUUGGUCCCCGGAGCCGGAAGGAGUGGUCACCCUGGCAUAGCCUAGUGCAGACUUCCGUUCGUCCAGGCGAUAACAACUAGUACGCGGGCCCUCCUACAGGAUCUUCCAGGACUUUGUCCAGCAGAACAGGCGUCCGUUGCUCGACAUCAACGACAACCACACCGUGCUACCACCCGUGUGAACCCGCGUCACACAACUUAAACAAAGGAAAGAGAGGGGAAAAAGGAAACCACCGCUUCUCUUCCAUCGAGGCAGACCGCCGUAUAUUCGAAUAUCUCUCUAUAAAGGUCCAAUCCAACCGACCGGGAAUCCAAAAGGUUCAUCGACGUGUCCACGCGCCAAAACGGGUCGUAAUAACGACGUCCACGUCUUCUCUCUCUCUCUCUCUUUCUCUCCUCUUCUUUUCUCUUCGUGAGUGGACAUGGAUGAUGCGUCGACAAGCUCGCUUCUGACGAGGCGAAGGGAAAACCGGAAGGAAAUAGGGCGAUUAGCGGGAUUGGAACUGCGCUCGAAUCCAACCCACGCGCACAACAAUUUCCUCCUCCCUCGUGAAUUCGCUCGUUAAUCCGAUCCGGGGAUUGGCGACUAAUAUUCGGGCGUGGUUCCGCGGACUUCCGGUUGGGAGGAUUCUCGCGGAUUAGAAUUCGACUCCUCGGCUUUUCGGGAUGAUUCGAGGUUUGAUUAGUCGGGGAGUUGGAUUUUUGAAAGGGGUGCUUUUUGGAGGAGGGAGGGAGGGAGAUAUUUAAGGGAGUUUGGUGAAGGGGAAAGGGUGGUUCUUCUGACCAAGUGUUCUUAUGGGUAUGGUAAGAGGUGGAAUUUCGCGUUAAGGGGAAACAGGUUCUCGAGGUUCUUCUCUCCGUCUUCGAAUCGCAAGUUAUUCGCAAGAUUAUUGGAUGUAUUGGUCGGGUGAACGAGGUAAUUUUCUUCUAAAAUUAACGGGACAAUUGAAUCAUAAUUCGAAUUCUUCGAUGAUUGCAUAAAUUAUUGUAAUUAAAUCGUAAGAAUUUUCCGUCUUCGAAUGAGGAAAUUGGCAUCGUCGUUAUUGGCAAGAUAUUGGAUCGGGUGGGGAAGAAUAUUGAGGAAACGAUUAACUCGAAUUUAACUUUCUUCCGAUCGUAAUAUUCGAAUAUCUUCGAUACCUGAUUACGUAAUUAAAUGGUGCGGCAAAAGAAGUUGAAUUAAAAUAGGGAAUCGUAACUGUCCAUCGAUUUUAUAUAUAUACACGUCAUUCGGCCAUUAAAGAUACGAGAGAAUUCUGCAUCAAACUGUGACGAACAUCUUUUUAGAAAGAGAUAUACUUUUUCAUUCGCAUCCACGCAUCAAAUCUCCACAUUUCCGAUUCGAUGGAAAAUCGAUCGGCCUCUAUCUUAUCAUACCCAUAACACCAUUAACGCUCGAUCAUCGCCAUUAAUCAGUUUACCGAUCAUAUGGAUAUGUACAGUUGUUGCCGCAUUAACGAUCCUCGAUCGCGCACAGUGUACGGAAUUAAUGCUCUCGCGAAUUCAUAAAGAUGGCGCGUCGAUAAUCGUGGUCGAUACCGAUAUAUAAAUUUCGAUAUAUAAAUAUUAGAAAUAAAUACUCGAAAUGAAUAAAAUUGUUCGCCAAGAUAUCUGUCCGACAUUUUACGAAGAUACGAAUUUAUUGGCGCGACGUGAUCCCGAUCCGAUUUUUUUCUUCGUAUUCGAGUAUCGGUAUCUGCUUUCGAGAAAUGAAAGUUAAAAUAUCGGUUGAAUAUCACGAAAUGUUUCGUGAUAUUUGAUAGCAAAACGGUACUUAAAACGGAUCGAAACAUCGUAUUGAAUAUUUCAACAUCGAAUCGUUCGUAACGUCACCCACACACUUUCGGUAUCGAUCCGACCACCACGUGAUCGUGGAUGGUGUACAGAGAUCGUUCACGAGGCCUUGUAAUUAGCGGAAUUCCCAAAAUGGGUUAAUAAUUUCAUUUAGUGCCUGGCUUGAUGGGUUUAGAUAUUGACGUCAGGCUAGGUCCAUCGAGACAGAGACCUGCUGAACUCUAUCGCAGAUCAUUCUGGAAGUCGAUCAACAAAAUUUAAGUUGAUUAUUCCAUUCCCGGGGUAAAUUCGAUUUCGAGUAAAUUUUUCCUUUGCGAAAAUUCGUUGCUUUGUUGAAAAGGGAUAUUGACGGGAAAAACGUGUAGCGUUGGGUAUGUGCCACGUUUGAUCGAUAAAUCUAAACAGUAUGUACAUCAAAUAUCGGUGAAUAUCGAAUUGUGCGCUAAUUGAAUAAAGAUCGAAUCGUGUUAUUUUGCAUUUACUUGUUCGAGCGACUCGUUGGUGGUUCAUACCCAACGCUAUCCAUUGCGACGACAACUUCAUCUUUUUCGUUGAUAAUUUCUUAAAUGAAAUUUUCGAAAAGGAAAAGGUUGCUCGAAAUCAGCUUAGGAAUCGACCAUUCGAGCCUUGUCGAUUUUUCAGGUGUGUAGAGAAAUAGGGAAGGGUAUAUAUACAUCAUACACGAUUUACUCCUUCGUCUUAAUCACCGUCCAGAUAAUUUACGGACCCUUGUGGGCCAAACUUUAAUGGCGGCGGAUAAAACCACUCGCUGUACGAGGCUUUAUACGGGCAGGCCUCUCGAACUUUAUUUGCGCCACUCUCGUCGCAAAUUAUACGAAAUGGCCCACGCGAGGGUAAACGAGAUCGUUUCAUGGUUCCUCGAAAAGGAGAAGAUUCUCUGUUCUGUCUCGGUGUAAACCGCAAUGAAUGCUUGAACGUUCUCUGGGAUUGUGAUAAUUACGUUUGCUUUUGAAAUGAAUUAUUGUUGAUUAAUUUUGAAGAUAUAAUUGGAUGUAAAAAAAGAAAAAUAAAUAAAUAUAUGGAUAUGAUAAAGAUAUGUGUACAUAUGAGAUGUUAGUUCGAUCGUGAAAUAAUUUUCGAAAUGUUCAAAAUAAUUUAGGAAACAUGAUAAUAGUGAUAUUUAAUGCUUGAUAAUUUUGAAUUUGUUGUUUAAUUCGAUCGAGGGUAAAUUGAUGUAAUAAUUUUGAGAGAAUAGAUCGAUAUUUUGGAUUCAUUGAUGGUAAUUUAUAUGGUUAAUUAUUCAAAGAAUUAAUAAGGUAAAAAAAAAAAAUAUGUAAAAUUAUUCAUAAUGAAGUUGCUCUAUUUCAAAUUCAUUUUUAAAUCUUCGAUGUACAUUUAUUGCAAUUCCCAAUUAUCAACGUUCGAGCAUUUCUACGAUCCUGAUUGUUCGUUAUAAAAUAAAAAUUGUCAACAAUUUCGUGAAUAAAACAAAGAUUAUUAAGUUUAUACCCGUAUAAAUUUCGCGCAUAAUGCAUUUUCAUUCGUUUAAACGUUUUUUUUUCUUUCAAUCACGUUCAACAACUUGUAACAAGAAGCUACGUGAAACAAUAUUAUUUAUCAUAUUUAUUUUAUUAUAUUUAUUUUAAACUUUCCGCUUCAUCCAUUUUGCGAAUCUCUCUUAAAAAACAACAUCAAAAAAAUGAUACCAUCAUAUCGAAUACGUAAAUAUCCAUAAUCAUAAAAAUAUUCCAUCAAACGUUUCUAUAUAUCUCCAUUAUCGUUUUUAUUAUCGAAACACAUUCUCCAUCAUUUCAAAAUCAAAAUCAAACAUCCAAAGCAUCGUCUAAUCGAUUUAUCCAUUUUACCAAACGUUCGUAAUUUUAUCGUGUCGCAAAUAUUCCACCAAACUUACACGUUAUCUUUCCACGCCACCUGUAGAAUUACACCAAACCUAUAAACGCACAAAUACACAAACUCGAUCGAAAGCCUAACGUCGAAUAUUAAUCAAUAAUCAAAUUUCCGUCAUCCAUCGUACACAAAAUAUUAAUCAUC